AUGUCCGACUUCCCUGAACUCGAAGACUUCUCGAACGUGCCAGCUUCGAACGACCCACAAGCGGACUUCCUGGCUCGAGAACGAGCUCUGCUUGGUGAUGAAUUCGGAGCACCGCCAGAGAACUACCAAGAGACAACACAACAGUCCAACAACAACACCGACGAUCAGUUCGGACUCGGUGAUUUCUCCUCCGGCCCCGCCGAUCACUCACAACCGGCCGCCCCGCCCAUCCCCGUCUCCGUCACCGGUGCUCCCGACGAGCUAGCAUCGUUCCAGGACCAAUAUCCUGAUAUCAGCCAUGAUAUUCCUGAACAGACCAAUGGAUUUGACGCACCAGCAGCUUCACUCUAUGCAAAUCAGUCAUCAGCCUACGCCACUCCAGCGGUAUACACCCAGACGCAGACAGAAGAAGAGUCGUCAUUCAUCAAGGAAUGGAGAACUAAUCAAGCCGAAGAGAUCCGACUGCGAGACCAACGCAGCGUAGCUAAGCGUGAAGAAACCAUCGCAGCGGCUGAGAAGGCGAUCGACGACUUCUACCACGGUUACAACACCGAAAAACAAAAAAACAUUGCCAAGAAUAAGGAGGAAGAGGCCAAGUUCUUACAAGCCAGAACCGACAAACUCGGGCAAGGUACGACAUGGGAACGGAUCGCUGAGCUGAUCGAGUUGCAGGAUUCCCGCUCGAAGACUUGUGGGAAAUCUGCUAGGGAUCUCGCCCGCUUCAAGGAGAUCUUGCUUAGCUUGAAGCGCGAAGGCGAAAGCGCUCCCGGCGCUGCUGGUUAUUAA